UCUCUGUCUCUCUGAUCUCUCUCAUAUGGCUACCAACAUUCUAACCUUCUCAAACCACAAUUUGGAGUUUGAUUCCAAGAAGAUUCAAGACUCUUUGGUGGGUUUGAGGCAACAACUGAAUCCAUCUUCUCUUGCUGGAUUAAGCCUACUUGAAAGGCAACAACUAAGGGAAACCUACAAAGCAGAGUAUGGUGAAGACUUAAUAAGUCACUUCCAAAGAUAUUAUAAUGAAGAAGAUGAUGGGUUGAAAUCAUCAUCAAUGAAAUGUUCUUUGUGUGCUUUGUCCUUGUGGAUUCUUGACCCACAUGAAAGAGAUGCAGUUAUAGCCAGAGAAGCUCUUCAACAAGAAGAUGAGAUCAAUUUCAAGGCUCUUGUGGAAAUUUUUGUGGGCAGAAAAUCAAGUCACGUUCUCCUUAUCACACAAGCAUAUAACAAAAGGUUUAGAAGGCUUUUGGAUCAAGACAUUAUCAAUUUGGACCCUCCAAGUCCAUUUCAGAAGAUUCUGGUGGCAUUAGCUGCAUCACACAAAGCACAUAAAGCAGAUGUGAGCCAACAUAUAUCUAAGUGCGAUGCAAGGAGGCUUUAUGAAACUGGUGAGGGAAGCUUAGGAGCUGCAGAUGAAGCUGUUGUUCUUGAAAUCCUAAGCAAGAGAAGCAUUCCCCAGUUGAAGCUAACAUUUUCCAGUUACAAACGCAUUUAUGGCCAUGACUACACAAAAGCCAUCAAGAGGGGAGAGUAUGGGCAAUUUGGUGAAGCUCUAAUUGUGGUUGUGAAAUGUAUUUAUAAUCCAGCAUGCUAUUAUGCAAAGUCACUGCAUAGAAGCAUGAAAGGGGGAAGAAGAGGCAUAGAAACAUUGGCACGAACAUUGAUAAGUAGGGUUGAGGUGGACAUGGAUGACAUCAACAAUGUUUUCAAGGAAAAGUAUGGCAAGGACCUUCCUCAUUUUCUUCAUGAAGCCAUUCCAUCCGGUCACUACAGAGAUUUUCUAGUUACCUUGGCCACCAGAUGUAAUAAUAAUAAUAAUUAAAAGUUUCUUCUUCUUAAGUA